GUGGGUGGGGUCCACCGAGCCUGCCUGGCUUGGUCUUCACCACUGAUCCGGCGCCGGUAGGGGCGGUGCCACUAAGGGCCACGCCUCCCGCGCUGAUUCCGGAUGACUGGAGCGGCGGCCUACGCUCUCAGGGGGCGGGGACUCGAAGCUGCUGCUCUUUCAGAGGCUAGGGCUGGAGCCGCCCCGUCAGCCGCUCCGAUUCUUCCGGUUUCUGGUGGCUGCGCCGCCUUCUCCGAAGCCUGAGGAUACGCCCUCCCGAGACCGCGUCGAAUCCCUCGUAGUUGCUCCAGGGCAACUCCAGCCCAACAUUCUCUCGCUCUGGUUCUCGCCCCUUGGAGGACCUCGGCCCCUAUACUCCCCGCUUUCCUGGAUGUACUGCCCCCUCCCACCUGUCUAAAAUGUCCAAUAACCUACAGAGGGUCUUCCUGAAACCUGCAGAGGAAAAGUCAGGCAGCGCCUCGCAUUGUGUUUCAGGCUGCAUGUACCAAGUAGUUCAGACGAUUGGCUCGGAUGGAAAAAAUCUUCUGCAAUUACUUCCAAUUCCUAAUUCCUCUGGAAAUCUUAUACCGCUAGUUCAAUCUUCAGUCAUGUCUGAUGCUUUGAAAGGGAAUACAGGAAGCCCAGUUCAAGUUACUUUUAAGACUCAGAUUUCCAGCUCUUCCACAAGUUCAUCAGUUCAAUUGCCCAUUUUUCAGCCAGCCAGUUCUUCAAACUAUUUUCUUACAAGAACAGUAGAUACAGCAGAAAAAGUUAGAGUUACUUCUGUGGGAACUGAAAAUUUUACUUCAUCAGUUUCUAAAGUUCAGAGUCAUGGUGUGAAAAUUGAUGGACUCACCAUGCAAACAUUUGCUGUUUCUCCCUCCUCAACACAAAAUGAUUCAUCUUAUAUUUUAGUAAAUACCCAGAGUCUUCCAAUGACUGUCAAGUCUCCAGUUUUGCCUUCUGGGCAUCAUUUACAGAUUCCAGCCCAUGCUGAAGUGAAAUCUGUACCAGCGUCAUCAUUGCCUCCUUCAGUUCAGCAAAAGAUACUUGCAUCUGCAACCACAAGUACCUCAGGAACAGUUGAGGCCUCCCAAAUACCGACUGUUAUUUAUGUAUCUCCUGUAAAUACAGUGAAAAAUGUAGUUACCAAGAACUUUCAAAACAUUUACCCAAAACCUGUUACAGAAAUAGCAAAGCCAGUGAUACUAAAUACCACACAAAUUCCAGUGAAUGUUGCUAAGGAGACACAAUUAAAAGGUGGUCAGCAUUCUCAAGCUGCUCCAGUGAAAUGGAUUUUUCAAGAAAAUCUACAGCCUUGCACUCCAUCUCUUGUUCCUGUUAAAUCUUCAAAUAAUGUGGCUUCAAAGAUUUUAAAAACUUUUGUAGAUAGGAAAAGUUUGGGAGACAAUAUUAUUAAUAUGCCACCAUUGAGUACCAUCAGUCCUGGUGGGACACAAUCCAAAAGUAUGCCUAUUAAAGAUAAUGCUUUGGUUAUGUUUAAUGGGAAAGUCUACCUGUUGGCUAAAAAGGGGACAGAUGUUUUGCCAUCACUAAUUGACCAACAGAAUUCUGUUUCUCCUGAUAUUCCAAGAAAAGAUACAUCUCAGAUAGUGAGUUCAAGUCCAGUCACAGAAAUAUCCAGAGAGGUUGUAAAUAUUGUUUUGGCUAAAAGUAAAUGUUCCCAGAUGGAGACAAAAUCACUUUCAAAUACCCGACUUGCUUCCAUGGCCAAUCUAAGGGCAGAGAAGAAUAAAAAAGUGGAGAAACCAUUUCUUUCUACCCCAGAUCCACAUAAUAUGAACCAAUCCAUUAACUGCUUAAAACAGAGUAAGACUUUAUUCACAAAGCCAGACUUUCCAGAUGGAUUUAGUACAGGACAGAAUGCCCCCAGAAAAGGAAAUAUCAUCCAGAGCAUAGAGAAAAUAAGUUCCUCUGUUGAUGCAACAACUGUUACUUCACAACAGUGUGUUUUCAGAGACCAAGAACCAAAGAUCCAGAAUGAGAUGGCAUCAACAUUAGAAAAAGUUACUCAAGAAAGAAAUAACAGGAAAAAUUCUCAAGGAAGAAGCAAUAAGGCAUAUCUGAAGAAUGAUGCUGAACUUAAAAAGAUAUUUGGUCUCACUAAAGAUUUGAGAGUAUGCCUUACUCGGAUUCCUCACCAUUUGGGCUCUGGAGAAUGUUUUGAUUUAUUUAGCAAUUUGGUGAAGAGUGAUACUUACAAAGAGACACAAUUUAUAGUGAAGGAGGAAGGGAGAAAACAGGGUUUUGAUAAGAAAAGAAAAGCAAAAACAGCUAAGAAGAUGGAUCACACAAAGAAGAGAAAAACUGAGAAUAUUUGUAACACAGCUCUAAAUGGAGGAACUAAUGUCACUGGUUCGCAAGACUUUAGCAGUAUUUUACCAACUUCAGAUGUAUCACACUGUAGCAAUCUCUCAAGCCUCAGCAAAACCAGGGAAGAAGAGAGACCUGAGAUAGAAGAUUGUACCCAAGAGAACCAAGAGAAAGGCACACUGAGUUCAAGUGCAGCUUUUGAACAAAGCCAUUCCUUCAAUAAAAAUUAUACUGAUGAUAUUUUCCCCAUGACACCACCAGAGUUAGAAGAAACCAUUAGAGAUGAAAAAAUAAGAAGACUUAAGCAGGCGCUGAGAGAGAAAGAAGCAGCUCUUGAAGAAAUGCGUAAGAAGAUGCACCAAAAAUAAUAAAAUAUUGCUAUGCUAAAAGACUUGAAUGAAAUAGCUGUGUUUUUCAUAUACUUUUGCAUUAAGUUAAUUAUAGAUGCAUUCUGAAAGCAUCUUUGAAGAUGAAACUUGUCUUUUCAUUAUAAAAUUGAUUAUAAAAUUUUAUUUAAGGAGUACGGAAAAGGUUGAUUCACUUUUGACUUUUGUGAAUAAUCUACAUGGGCUAUCUGGGUCUUUGUCCAGACCUUUUUUUGGAAGGAGAAUUUUUCUAUUUUUCUUCUACUUUAACUAGAAUUCCCCAAGUUGGAAUAUUUGUUAUUGUUUAUAUCUUUAGCUAAAUUGCACAGAUGUUAUUCCAGCAAUAGGUAUUUAUUGUGUACUGCUGAAAUUAAUAAUCCAAGAGAGGAAAUCAGCUCUAAACAGCUUUGUCAAUUGACUUGUGUAUGUAUAUGUCUUUUUAUCCAUAAAAUGAUGAUAGCUUCUACUCACCAUUGAUGUAAAUAUUUUUUUAAUUUCAUGAAAGAAAAUGUAUUAUAGCAGCAUUACUUAAAAAUUCAAACAUUUCUCAAGCGUGAGGGACACUUGUUUUGUAACUUUGACAAAGUAGUCUCAUAUAAUCCAAAAUGGGUUUUAGAAUUUAGGCUAUAUAAUGUAUUGUUUGCUUAAAGUGAUAUGUUAUUAUUCCUAGGUGAAUGGUUCCUUGUUUUUUUUUUUUUUGAUAUGUACAUAUGUGAUUUGGAUUGUAUGAGAAGUAAAUCUGAAUAUGGCCAUAUUUCAUACUUUUUAAAAUUGUAAAGUGUAGUUUUCCUAAUAGAGGCAAACAAACAUUUUUCUAUCUGGUUGUCUUUGAUUUGGAGAGUGGUGUAGAGAUAGAGAUUAAGGAGAAGGAGGAAAAGGUUAUUUUUUUUUAACAAUUAACAAAUUCCUGGAAGUAAGUCAAAUAAAAUCUGUACAUUUCCAACAAAAUAGACAACAGUAAAUCAGAAAAUACUGAGAAGGAGCAGAACAAAUGCAAACUGAGCACCAGCCAGAUUCUCAUGCCUUUUUGGUAUUUUUGUAACAGCUUUAUUGAGAUAAUUCACAUACCAUAAAAUUCACCCAUUUAAAGUGUAUAAUUCAGUGGUGUUCAUUGUAUUCACAGAGCUGCACAGCCAUCAAAUGAUCUAAUUUUAGAACAUCUUUAUUAUCCCCUUAGAAAUCUCAUAAGCAUUAGCAGUCACUCCCCAGACUCUCCUUUUCCCAGCCCUUGGCAGCCACUAGUACACUUUCUAUCUGUAUAUUUGACUAUUUUGGACAUUCAUAUGCAUAAACUAAAUCAUUCAGCAUAUUUUCUUUUGUGACUGAUUUCUUUCACUUAGCUUAAUGUUUUCAAGUUUCAUUGUGCUGUGUCAGGUCUAUUAGUACUUAAUUCUUUUUAAAAUUGCUGAGUAAUAUUCCAUUGUAUGGAUAUACCACACUUCAUUUAUCCAUUCAUUUGUUUAUAGACUUUUGGGUUGUGUACAUUUUGGCUAGUAGGAUGUUAUGUUUCUGUGUUGCUAUGAAUAUUUGGUACGUGUUUUUGUGUGGACAUAUGUUUUCAGUUCUCUUGAGUACAUACGUAGGAGUGUAAUUGCUGGGUCAUAUCCUCUUUGAAGGACUGCCAAACUUUUCCAGGCAGGUUUUGCUCCCCUUACCACACCAAAAUAGAUCUUGUUAAGGACACCAGUGACUUCCAUGUUGCUAUAACUAAUGGUCACUUGUCAGUCUUCUUAAUUUAUCUAUUAGUGGGAAUAUAAGUUCAUUAAUUACCACCUAUGAAAAAUUUUAACAUUUUAUUAUUAAAGAAACGUGUGCUUUGUGGGAAAAAUUAAAACAAGUUAAAAUAUUAAAAAUUAACAUUUCAUAUUCCCAUCAAGCUAAAAUAUUAAAUUUGGGCACUAGGAGAUAUAUAGUUAUAGGCCAUCAGUAAACAGAUAUUAUUUAAAGUCAUAGGUCUGGAUAUAUUCACUUAGGGAAAUAGUAUAAACGAAUAAGAUACAAUUGUGGGCUCUUAUAUCUGAGUACAUUUAAAGGUUUGAAGAAGGACAAUCUCAAGUGAAAUUUGAGGAUUGGAAGAGAUUAUUGAAUUUGUAUUUAUAAAUCCUUCAAUAGUGCCUGACACAUAGCAAUGUAUCAUUGUUUUUAAUUCUUAUUUUUUAUUGACAUGUCAAUUUACAAUGUUAGUUUCAGGUAUACAGCAAAGUGAUCCAACUAUACAUAUACUAUCAGUGUUUGUUAAAUAAAUUCAACCAAAAUCAUCCUAAGAGACAUAUUGCCUCCAUCCUCAUUUCAUUUCAUUUUUUUCUUUAACCUCUUUUCAGCCUACUUUCUCCUUUUGAUUUUUUGGCUUAUUAUUAAGAUUUUUUUGUUCAUGGAAUCAAGCACCCACAUUUCUUCUCAUAAUGUAUUUCAUGAUAUGGAAAUGUGGCUUGAAUACUUUACAGCAAAAUUCUUAAAAUUUGUCUAUACUGAUGAUCUUAAACUCCUACCCUCUCAUUCUAAAAUUCACUCAAAUUAGGGUUUUAUUUUUACCAGUCUACUAAAGCUGUUUUUCUCAAGGUCUCCAACAGUCAUUGUAUUGCUACAUCUAACAGUCAAUUCUUAGUCUUUAUCUUACUUGACCUGUCAGUAGCAUUUGCUACUUUUUAUGUCUGUCUUUGAAAUUUUUUCUUAACUCUGCUACCAGGACACCAUAUUUUUUAUUUCCUACUACCUUAUUGGCUGCUCCUCUUCAGUCUCUUUGGCUGAUUCCUCCCCUCCUCCUUGAUCUCUUAUUGUUGGAGUUACUUAUUGCUCAGGUCUUACAUGUCUGUUUUACACCUAUAUUCACUUGUGAUAAUCUCAUAUAGCUUUUUUUUUCUUUUUUUUAAAUUGAAGUAUAGUCAGUUUACAAUCUGUCAAUUUCUGGUGUUCAGCAUAAUGUUUCAGUCAUACAUAUACAUACAUAUAUUCCUUUUCUUAUUCUUCAUUAUAGGUUCACCUGGAAUCUGACCAUUGUUUACCACCUCCACUGUGACAACCUUGCAUUAUCUCUCAUUAGAAUCAUUGAAAUAACUGUCUCCCUGCUUCCACCAGUGUCCUUCUACAACCUUUACUUAGCACAAUAGCCAAGUAAUUGUGUUAGAAGUGUAAGUUAAGGAGGAGGAAAGGACCAAAAACCAAAUAGAAAAAUGAGGAAAAUAUAUGAACAGACAAUUCGCCAUGAAAGAUUUUUUUUUAAAAAAACCCUCAAACAUAUGAGAAGUAUUCAAAUUCACUCAAAAUGAAAUAAAUAAAAAUUAAAACCA